AUCACUGCUCCUAUUUCGGCAGCGAAUCACCAAGGAGCCUGGACGGCAUAGAACCUGCAUUGAGCCACCGGCUGUGUUAAGGAGUGCAUUGUCCCUUGGAGGUUUUCACAAAGACCUCACCAACAAUUGUGAAGGCCAGCUAGUUAACUAGCUAGUAUUUUGCUGUUUUUUUUAAAUAAAUACAGCCAGGGCAGAAAACGAUCCAGCUAGAUACUGCUUACGUAUGUGCAGAGAGUACUUAGUGGGGAAGCUAAAUGAUCGCAGUGGAGCACAUUUACUACCUAUAUGAUCUGGAAUCAUCGAACGAUACUAGCUAGCAGGCUGGCUAUGCUGUAGUGGGAAACUAGCUGGAUGUUAGCUGCUUCUGCAGUCAGGCGAAUAACCGCAGACCUGUUCGUUUUGUUAGGCAGGACUUAUGUUUGUUUUUGUGCUGAUUCACCACAUUAUUCAGGAUAUAUGUGUUCCGGUAGGGCUUAGGCAGCCGUUCGAGGUGGGAGAUGUUAUCGGGUCGCUGUGGGUGUCCCUCUAAUGAGGAGUAAGGUGACCAAUCCAACCGGCGCCUCCCGGAACCGGCAGCCCGCUGGCUAGUAAACAAAGCUGAGGCUGCUCUGGGGCCGGGUAGCGUGAGCUAGCAAUUUCCUCAAUGACUUUAUACGUAGACAUGGUAACGACUCACGUUACCAGACUUUAUUUUUUAAAUAAAUAGGCUUUGUUAAUGCAGAUAGGUUUUCAGAAAGCGUAAUCAUUUGGUUACAACUGCCUCUGCAGCUAGUUAAACUGGUUAAUUGCUUCAUGUAGCCUGGACACGUCAUUGCUAUUAUCCGUGUUUACCUUAACGAUCAGUAUUAAUUGUGAGAACCAGUCCCGUCUGGCUUGGGACCUAGAUGUAGUUUCUUUUGAUCAAUAAAUGAGUAACUUCGGAAACUGAGCGUGCUGCGCUUUAGCCGAUCUGCGGACGUCCAGCAUCCAGCGGCGCGUGUGUGAGCGACUAAGCGCACUUGACUGGGACAAACAAAUAUAUUUAGACGAUGAAAAACUGCGAAUAUCGGCAAAUCGACCCGCAAGCCCUGUCGACACCGACACCACCGCCGACUCAAUGCGCCGAGAAGAAACCGAAACGAGUCCGCAGGAAAUGGGAAGUUUUCCCGGGAAAGAACCGCUUUUUCUGCGACGGCCGUAUCAUGAUCGCCCGGCAGAGUGGCGUCCUCCCCUUGACGCUUCUCCUUAUCCUAUUCACUAGUAGCUUGUUCUUCAUCUUUGACUGCCCCUUCCUGGUGAAGCACGUGACCAGCUGCAUCCCUGUGAUUGGAGGAGUUCUCUUCACCUUUGUGGUCAUCUCCCUCCUCCAGACCAGCUUCAGUGACCCCGGCAUCCUUCCCAGGGCCACGCCGGACGAGGCAGCCGACAUCGAGAAGCAGAUAGACAAUUCCAGUUCCUCCAGUUACCGUCCACCACCUCGAGUUCGGGAGGUUCUCAUCAACCAGCAGGUGGUCAAGCUGAAGUACUGCUUCACCUGCAAGAUGUUCCGGCCUCCACGGACCUCUCACUGCAGCCUGUGUGACAACUGUGUGGAGCGGUUUGACCAUCACUGUCCCUGGGUGGGAAACUGUGUUGGCCGGCGGAACUACCGCUUCUUCUACACCUUCAUCGUGUCGCUGUCCUUCCUAACGGCCUUCGUCCUCGGCUGUGUGACCACACACCUGGCCUUGCGUUCCCAGGGUGGAAAAGGUGUGAUCUCUGCCCUCCAGGAGAGCCCAGCCAGUGCCCUGGAGCUGGUUGUGUGCUUCUUCUCUGUCUGGUCUAUUCUGGGCCUUUCAGGGUUCCAUACCUACCUUGUGGCCUCUAAUCUCACCACCAAUGAAGAUAUAAAAGGAUCCUGGUCAGGGAACAGUGGACUCCAGAGUGCUGGGAAUCCCUACAGCUACAAUAGCAUCUUCACCAACUGCUGUGCCGUGCUCUGCGGGCCCAUUCCUCCCAGCUUGAUUGACAGGAGGGGGUUACUGCCUGCAGAGGAUUCACCUGCAGCAGCUCCUGCCCCCCCAGAGAUUGAGCUCCUUGGCUUUGGAGCCAAAACCGACAUCAGUAUGGAGGACAGUUGUCAGGAUUUUGCUGUAUCUUGCACUGGAUGAGUUCAGCAGACCCGUGUUUGCUGCACUCUGUGGUAUACCUGCUGCUCCCUCCAGCACCCUCAGCCCAAGGUGGAGACCCUGGGUGCUCCUUUCGAAUGUGGGAAUCUUCUCAGGAUUACUUGCAUAAUGGACAGCAGAUAUUGCCAAAAUACAGAUUGCACACUUUUGGAACGGGACCAGCAUGUGAGUGGGGGAACACGGGGCAUUUUCGCAGUGCCCAUGACCUGAACUGUGGCUCUCUAAAGCCCUGUCUUUGUGUCUCAGACCUUGUUCUACUAAAGGGACGUGUCAUGUUAGCUUUGACUCAUCUCCGGACAAGAACAGCUCAUCUCCGAUCUGGACCUCCAAGUGCUUUUGGGCCCCAUCCUCCCAGCAAUAACCCAGCAAGCAGGCCCAAACCAGCACCCGGAGUCAGUGAGCAGGUGGAAAUGAGCAGAGUCUUUUGCAAGCUGCAAUGCUUUAUUUUGGAAAGUUACCAACUCACCAGAUCUCCAGGACUGGAUGGUUCAGCAUUACAGUCACUUCCAGGACGGAAAGGACAGACUUGAUUACCAUCUGAACCACAUUUAUGGUCUGUGAAUCGAGGUAAAACAAGGAUUCUCAUCAAAGGAUCUGUUCACACCCCUUGAAUCACAUCAGGGAUUGUGAUAAAUUAUUGGCCAUAAUCAACAAGAGCACAGGAGAAGAGCGGAUUAUUUGUUCUGUGGUGUCCUGAGCUGUAGAGCUUUUAGAAAUCCAGCUGAGAUCUGACAUCCUCCAUGGAAGGUCAGGUAUCUGUCUGGCCUACUAGCUCAUGUGAUAAAAUAGCAGUGAAAGGGCAGCCCAGCCUUUCUCAUGGUGACGUUAUCCCGGCUGCAGCUUCCCUGGUGGACCUCUUGCAACAUCUACCUUCCCUUGACCCUUCAGUGCUUUGCAUUUGGACCUAUCUCUGGGAUCCGGGUCCCUCACUGGGCCUAGUUUGCCUUUUGAAAACAAGGAAACAGGGAUUGUAAUACUUGAUAUUUAUUACAAGGCUAUUUGCCAUAAUGUGGGUGCAAAGUCUUAUUGCGGUCUUUGCAGGUUCCCUGUAUGUUUGGCAGGUUUGGUUCCUCAUGCAGACUUUGUGUAACCUGAGUGAAUGAAUGAAUGAAUGAUUGAUACAACCAGUUUUCUUCUGCCAGUGAGUGUUCCUCUUACUUUUUGUUGCCAACUGCAGAACUUGCACAGAACCAUGUAAACCAGGUAACACUGGUCGCCUUCACCCCAGAAGCCCUUACAUCCAUGUCACGGACCGUGGUACCAUAACGUCGGUGCUGGAGAGGUGGCCCCGCACAUACCUAUUCAGUAUGAGGCCGGACUGUAGGCUCACCUCUUCCGGCUCUUUGGAGGUUCUUGUUAGCAGAUGUGUUGAAAAAUUGUUCCCAAAAUCCAUUGUGAAAACUGGUGAGCAGGAUUGACUAAACUUGCUAGUGCUUGUUGUUAAUUUCCUUUUUGUUUCCUAAGGGCUUGUUAAUUCCAGUGUUAAAUAAACAAACGAACAUGAUAUUCUUUUGCUUA